CGAAAACAAUAUAUCCAAUGCAUCAUGUAGAUAGGUAGAUAUACAACAGAUCCAACCCAACAUGUUAUAUUCCACAUCGUGUACCCGCCCCGUAGACUUCCUUGUAGGUAUCCUCGACCUAGCCCACCGACGGCGCCUCUCAUGCAGGUUCGCACGCAGAACGGUCCGGCAGAUCCACAGAUCGAUCUCUCCACAUAGCCAUGCAUCGACACCUCGGACCGUUAUCCGGCGUGACUGGCGGGUGGGCGGAGGCGUGGAAGGGCACAGGAGUGGGUGUUGGCGCCGCGGGCGGCCGAGUGCGGUUUGCGAAAACGAGCACAACGGGCCGCGAGGAUGGACAAAAUGCCUAAGUCCUAUAUAGGAGCUCCGACCAGAGCGGCCAGAGAUGUCUUUUCAAACGUUGAACGUCGUGGGCAUGAUUUGUGUUCUCCAGUAAUCCGCCAGUAUCUUCAGACGGAUCAGGACAAAGAACACCUCUCUCAGAUCGAUAACUCAGGACAAGAUAGCGGGCAGCAGAUAUUGGUCUAACGCUCGG